AUGAAUGAUCUAUACCUACUCAUAUCCUCUUUCAAACUCUCUUUCGCCGAUGACCUGAAAAUAUUUCGUGUAGUUGCGUCUACGGAUGACCACACUGCCCUUCAGGAGGACAUCAACAUUUUGCUGAUUUGGUGCGAUGAUAACGGAAUGCGUGUCAACGAUACUAAAUGCAAAAUUAUAUCAUUUACCCGCUCUACCAAUCCAGUUUAUCACCGGUACAGUAUAGGAGCUGAAGCGCUCCAUCGUGUCUCGUCUAUCUGCGAUCUCGGUGUAACGAUUGACAAAGAGCUUAACUUCAACGACCAUAUCGGGAUUAUGACUGCCAAAGCUUUCUCUGUUCUGGGAUUUAUUCGUCGUCACGCUUCUGAAUUCACGGACAUUUUUGCUAUUAAGUCACUCUACUGCACGUUGGUCCGCAGCAUUCUGGAGUACGCUCGCCUGUUUGGUCCCCGCACUGCCUAG